UGCCGGCUGAUGACGUCACCAGCCCGCGGCGGAGAAGAAGAAGGCAACAUGGCGGACGUGGUGAGUGUCGAAGUCAACCUGGACGCUUUCUCGCACGCUAUCAGCGGGAUUCAGGCGCUCCGCUCCAGCGUGAGCCGCGUCUUCGAGUCCCUGAAGGAUGGCAUGAAGAACCGGGAUACCUUAGAAAACCGGGAGAAACAAUUUAUAGCCGAAUUCCAGGACAAUCUGCAGGCGGUCAACAGAGACCUGAACGAGUUGGAGCGCCUCAGUGGUCUUGUUGGUCGACCAUCCGAGUCUCACCCGCUCCACAACAGUGGACUUCUCAGUCUGGACCCUGUUCAGGACAAAACUCCUCUUUACUCUCAGCUGCUGCAGGCCUACAAAUGGUCCAACAAGUUGCAGUACCACGCGGGCCUGGCCUCCGGUUUGUUGAACCAGCAGUCACUCAAGCGGUCAGCCAAUCAGAUGGGAGCGUCGGCCAAAAGACGGCCUAAGGUCCAGCCCAGCACGCUGGUCCUUCCCCCUCAGUAUGUGGACGACGUCAUCUCUCGGAUCGGAAGGAUGUUUCCCGACAUGACAAUUGAACUGUUCCGACCUAAUGGAACGUCUGCCGUGCUGCUGAACGUUGGUCCGAGGCUUCAACGAGAACGUUUACACCGACGACGGAAAGCUGGACAUCUGGACCAAGUCCCAUCACCAAGUCUUCCAGAAGGUAACGGACCACGCCACCACCGCCCUGCUGCACUACCAGCUGCCUCAGAUGCCCGAGGUGGUGGUGCGCUCCUUCAUGACUUGGCUGAGGAGCUACAUCAAACUCUUCCAGUCUCCCUGUCAGCGCUGUGGUCACUUCCUGCAGGACGGACUUCCGCCCACGUGGAGGGACUUUAGGACCCUGGAGGCCUUCCACGACACCUGCCGCAUGUGACGCUCUUUUAUUGCAAUAAACUUCGACUAUUUUUCUACACAGGGUGUUUGGUCACGUGACCUGAUGAGCCAGUAGGAUAGUCACAUGACAUAGAAAAGGACAUUUUGACGACUCAAAUGCAUUUUUACGUCAAAUAUUCACGUAGAAAAGAAUUUUGGCAGUAUUAUAAUAAAAGUCGUAAUUGUACUCAACGCAAGUCAAAAUUUUACAAGAAAAACUGAUUUGUGCAAUUUUAUGAUAAAGGUUGGAAUUUUACACAGUAAAAGUUGCAAUUUUACAAGAAAAGCUUAACAUUUUGGCAAUUCUAUGAAAAGAGUUGUAAUUUUACUCGACCAAAGGCACCAUUUUGUAAGAAAACCUUAAACUUUUGGCAAUAUUAUAAUAAUAAUUGUAAUUUUACUUGGCAAAAUGAUGACAGGUCAUCAUUUUACUCAAAACAUGUCACUAUUUUACUAGAACAACCCCAAAAAAUUGGCAAUAUUGUAAUAAAAGUCAGAAUUUUUUAUGACAAAAAUGUCACCGUUUUGCAUUAAAAAGUCAUAAUUUUACAUAAAGUAAUUUUACGAGGAAAUAUUGCAGUAUUACAAAAACAGAAAGAAUAUGAGAAAUUGUUCCCAAUUUGAUAAGAAAAAAGCCAACACAUUGUGAGAAAAAGACUUUUAGUUCAUUUAGAUUUUUUUUGUUUGUAAUUAUUUUUUAAUUUUCAUUAUUUAUUUCAAGUUAUUACAGUAUGUCUCUAAAUACAUAUUUAUUUUUAAAUUAAUUUUGGCCAAAGGGGGCACAUUUCAAUUUCUUACACACACUUGUUAUUUCAUAUGUUGACCAGAGGGGGAGCACUUUUAAAAGCGACACACAGUCAAUGUGACAAAUCACCCUCAUGUUGAUAGAUGUCACCACUAAUGAGACAUUGUCUAUUAGAUGACAUAGAAAAGGACAUUUUGACGACUCAAAUGCAUUUUUACGUCAAAUAUUCACGUAGAAAAGUCACAUGACAAUGAUGUAGACUGGUACUACUGAGACGAGUCACAUGACCUAGAUCAGGGGUGUCAAAGUCAUGUUAGAUGGGGGGCCGCAUGGAGACAAGUCUACUCCCAAGUGGGCCCGACUGGUCAAAUCACGGCACGAUAACUUCAAAAUAAAGACAACUUCAGAUUGUUUUUUGUUUAAAAAUACAACAAGCACAUUCUGAAAAUGUACAAAUAAUAUUUUUACAUGUUGCGUUUAAUAGUAUUCUAUCUUUCUGUAUAAAUGAUGUAAUAAUGUUCAUCAGUCAACUCAUUGCUGUUCAUUUUCAAUCUAUCAAGAUACAAAAUGAAUAUCAAAAUCAAAUGACAGGAUGUUAUUGAUGUAUUUUGCUCGUUUUCUUCGACUGGUGCACUGACAUCAUGCGGUUUAUUUUAUUUAACAUAUGUAACCUUUCCUGUGAUAAAAUGUCCCACAAGCUGUCCCACCACUCUGGUCGCUUUGGUGUAGAACACAUUAAAGCCUUCUACAGAAAGCUAGAAGUAUCCAACAAUGAUUUCAAAUUAGAAAUGGUCACAGCUGAUGAGGUGUUUAAAAAAUUGAGCGCGCUCCACCCUAACAAGGCCACCGGCCUGGAUAAUAUUCCCUCCAGAUUCCUCAGGGACUCUGCCUCCACCAUUGCCCCGGUCAUCACGCACAUAAUAAACCUAUCAAUUACACAAGGCCAAGUACCAAAAGAUUUUAAGAUAGCAAGAGUAACUCCCCUCUUUAAAAAAGGAAGCA